AUGGACCAUCUGCUGCACACCCACACUCACCAACAAACGACGGCGGGACAUGCGCUCGGACACGCGCACGGACCACGUCCGCCAAAGCGCAAGGUCGAGACGGACGAAUACGAAGACUUUGAGCUUGCAUCGGUGCAAGUCGAGGACGAGGAGGACCGACCGCCCAAGCGACGACGGGCCAACUCGCUGCCCGCAUUGCCGACAGAGGUCGAGCGCCGCCGCGGAGCCGUCUCAGCUCAGCAACGACGCGGCCUCCCCCCAGGCGAAUAUUACUGCGUCUCGUGCCAUAGUCACUCGUGUCCUAUUCCUCCCAUGGCUGCCCACGACGUACUCCCGGCGCUUGCGGUCCACAUUCCGCCGACGACCAAGCCAUUGCCGUCCCCCACCCGCACCGGCGAUCCCCGUCUGCGCUCUCCAUCCACGCCCCUUGCACGCUCCACCCCCGCCCGCCGCGUCGCCCACGUCCCCAGCCUCACGCCCCUCAUCACCCGCGAGACCCUCAAAGAGCUCGAUCUCGAGGCCAUCCUCCGCAACCCCCAGCUCCGACACGACCUGCUCUUCGACCCCGGUCUCCAGUUCCGGCCCACAUCUGGCCGCAAAAAGCGUGAUCUCACGGACAAGUACUGGCAGGCCGUCCAGAUCGAGGUCGAGACCGGAUGCGCAUGCACCUCGUUUGACGAACGCGGUCGGCGCUUGCCCUGUGUCUGCGGAGCUCUCCUUUCUCGUCCGACCUCUUCCCGCACCCUGCCUUCUCGCAUCCCCCCACUUGUCAACGAGCUGUGUGCGGUUCUCCAGAGUGUCGUCCACUCGGCCUCGGCCGACCCAGCCCUUAUCGCCCAGGAGCUCCGUCACGGGGUCUUUGACUCGCGCGGAGUGUUCAAGAACCUCGGGUCCGUGCUCAAGCAGCACUGCGCCCCCAUGCGCGACAGAGCCGUCGAGAUGAUGGUUGCCGUUGCAUCCCGGCCCGGCGGAGGUGUCCGCGCCGUUCGCAUGUGUUUCGAGAUUCUCGAGCUCAUGAAGCUCGAUAUUGCAAACCACCAGCUUCAAGCGCUCCGCCCUUAUCUCUUUGAAACAGCCGUCGAUUUCGAACUCAAGACAUUCCAAGAACGACACGAGCGCGGUUUGCUCACUCUCUCCACCACCCAAGAAUGGCUCCGCAAGGCCGCUUCCACCUUUUCCUCCCCUCCCCCUACGAUGCACCUGCUCUCCCACGCGCUCACCUCGCUCAUCUUUUCCCCUCCUACGACCGUAUCCACCCCUCCCCCGCCAACGACCACGCCCCUAUCCCAGCGCUUGCCCCACAUUGCACCUCCUCCCGGCUAUCCCGAAACGCUCUACUUGGACCAUGCCCGCCUCGCAGGUCUAACCGCCGACGCAGCCGAUCUCGGAGUACUCUACGCCGUCCUCAUGCUCUUUAGACAGCUCGUCUAUUCCACCGGCUCCAAGGUUUCGCUCGAGGACUCGGUCGUCGAUCGCGUCAAGCGCGAGAUUUGGGAAGUUGGUCCCGUCCGUCUGGGUUUGUGUUUCUCUGGCCGCAAGCCGGGCGACGACGAAGAGUGGGAAAAGUGGCGCGCAGGAAUGAGGGAUGUGGUCUUGCAAGUCGCCGUACGCGCAGAACAAGUCCGCUCUGGCCUUGCUUUCGACUCGAGCAAACCCCCGACUACCUUGCCCGACGCCAAAACCCUCGGCCUACUCGAGUCGUGGACGGACAACAACCUCAAGCCGGACGCCCCGCUCGCCAAGCUGUUCAAGGGCCGACUGACCAAGGCGGUCGAGCAGGUCGUGAAUAACAGCACGAGGAAAAAAGAAUCCGACGAGGAAAAAGAGGUUGUCGCCGCCGGACUAGAGCCGCUUAUGCCCGAGAUCAGACACCUCGGCGAGCGCAUCGGGAAGCUCGCCAGCUUUCACGGCCGCGUCUAUCGUGGCCUAUACGAGGCCGAGGGGUUCCUUGCCUGA